AUGGACGUUAACAACACUUCACAAGACAACGGCAACAGUACCUUCAGCAUCCUUGAUUAUUUCAGGGGUAACCCUUUAGGCUCCGCUGAUCACAAUGACAGCAACUUCAGCAUCCUUGAUUAUUUCAGGGGUAACCCUUUAGGCUCCGCUGAUCACAAUGACAGCAACUUCAGCAUCCUUGAUUAUUUCAGGGGUAACCCUUUAGGCUCCGCUGAUCACAAUGACAGCAACUUCAGCAUCCUUGAUUAUUUCAGGGGUAACCCUUUAGGCUCCGAUAAUCACACUAACAGCAACUUCAGCAUCUUUGAGUUUUUCGGGGCUUUCCCGUUAGUGGCCGAUACUUCCAGCAACAGCCUCAUCACGGAUGACAGUGAAGAACUUGACAACCUUUUGGCCAGGGAUGAUUUCAGCAGCAUUUCCAAAGACUAUGCUGAUCACAGUAACAUCCCCUCAGGCUCCAAUACUUACAGCCACAUCCUCUCAGGCUCCAAUUAUCACACUAACAGCACUUUCAGCAUCCUUCAUUAUUUCGGGUCCGAUAAUCAAACUAUCAGCACCUUUGGCUACCUCGAUGACAGUGAAGCUGGAUUCAUCAUAGAUGUGGUUACGUGCAUCAUCAUUUGCAUCAGCCUUCCUUUGAUCCUUGUGGCCAUCUCCUCUCUCUACUCUCUGGUACGAAAUGAUCACGUUGCUCCCAUCUACGUCAUCAACCUUCUGAUUUCUGACCUCAUCCAGCUCUGCUGCAUGAUCUGUGACGUGGCACGCCCUAAGAGCACGAAGAUAUACAUUAUCAACAAAUGUAUUUACAACUACAGUCUGAUGACCAGUGUGUGCUUCAUGGUGUGCAUCGCCCUGGAAAGGUAUUUGCUGAUCGUCUUCCCACUGUGGUACCACUGCAGACGAACCAUCAAGUCCAGUUUGGUGAUCUGUGUCGUGGCCUGGACCGUUCCUGCUCUCUACCAUUUCACUUUAUUUUUUGGUGGUAAUUUUACUAUACCACAAAUCAUCGCCAUUGUCUUUCUGCUCCUUCCCCUCCCACUGCUCAUAUUCUUCUGCUGUGCGACUCUCAAAGUCCUGUCUGCCUCUGUUUCGAUCCUGCCUGAGGAAAAACGACAAAUUGUAGGAACUUUGGUCCUGAUGCUGCUAAUUUACAUGCUGCUUUUCCUUCCCAAUGCUAUUUUUAUAAUGGUAGAGAGAUACACAAAUGACAAGUCCCAAACUAAUACUCUCGUCUAUCUGUCUACUGUGUUUCUUGAGCUGAAUCCUCUUGCAGACUUGGUUCUGUAUAUUUUCAUGAAGAAAGGGAUCCUAGACAAGAUUUUGGCUUCUGUUUGUUGCUGCAGAGUUGAAGACAAAGAUGUCAACAGUAGGUACACAACAACAACCAUAACAGUGUAA